AACGGGAGGGCACUGAGCGAGAUCUUGCUUUCAUCUCUUCAUAACGCAACCCUCUGGCGUGUUGACCCCCUCUUCAAACUAGGGCAAUGCGGUUUCUAUAUCCUAUAUUCGCCUUGUGGGGAAUAGGAUUAUGCAUCCUCGUUGCAUCAUUGCAACCAGCAUCGGCCGCCGUAAUUGGGAUUGACUAUGGCACAGAUUGGUUCAAAGUGUCCAUUGUAAAGCCAGGCAUACCUCUUGAUAUUGUUCUAAAUGCCGAGUCCAAACGGAAAACACCAGCCAUUGUGUUAGUUCGCGAUGGUGAUAGACGAUAUGGGUCUGAUGCCGUGUCGUUGGCAACUCGAUUCCCCCAAGAUACGUACGGCGCUUUGAAGAACCUCCUCGGAAAGCUCUAUGAUGACCCCAUAGCAGAAGAAUAUCGAAAGACGUUCACCAACUCCAUGGUCAAAGAUGCAAAACGGGGUACGGUGGCGUUUAAAUACGAUGAUAAAACUGUGUACACAGUAGAGGAGCUCGUCGCCAUGCAAUUGGCGCAAGCAAAGCACCAGGCAGAAGUUGCUGGUGGAGAAGUAGUUACUGGAGCUGUUAUCACGGUUCCACCUUAUUGGGGACAUUUUGAGCGCAGGGCUUUACUAGACGCAGCUGAGCUGGCAGGUCUGCGCGUCUUGAUGUUGAUGAAUGACGAAACUGCUGUCGCUUUGAAUUACGCGAGCGGUCGGUCUUUCCCGCAUCCGCAGUAUCAUAUCUUCUACGACAUGGGCGCUGGAGGCACUGUGGCGGCACUAGUCAAAUUCCAAAGUGUAGAGCCAAAGAAAGGCGCCAGAAACGUUACCGAAUUGGAAGUGAAAGCGACUGGUUACGAUGCCAGUCUGGGUGGCCACUCGGUCGAUGUGAAGCUGCAGCAGCAUCUCGCGGAACAGUUUGCAAAGAAGGCCGGCGACAAGCUCAAAGGCGAUGUGUUCCAAGACUCUAGAGCUAUGGCUAAACUAUUAAAGGAAGCCAACCGUGUCAAGCAGAUUUUAAGUGCAAACCAGGAAACAAUCUCAUCUGUCGAGGGCCUCAUGGAAGAUCUCGAUUUCAAGGUACUAGUCACGCGAUCUACGCUGGAAGAUAUAUCAAACGAUGUGAAGAGCAGAGUUCAGGAUCCUGUGAAAUCGGUUCUGGCGCAGGCAAAUUUGACCGUUGCAGACAUUGACUCACUGGUACUAGUGGGUGGAGGCGGCAGAAUCCCGUUCAUUCAAGCUGCGCUGAUUGAUCUGGUGGGCGAAGAGAAGAUUGCGAAAAAUGUGAACGCCGAUGAAGCUGCAGUAAUGGGAGCAGGACUCGAGGCUGCUACUCUUAGCAGGCAAUUUAGGGUCAAGGAAAUCCGUGUCAAGGACAUCAAUAUCCAUCCCAUUGAAGUGGUAUACGAUGCGGAACCAAAAGAGGAUGCAGCGAACCGCACUUUCCGGACAACUCUCUUUAGCAACAAGACGGUUCUAGGCGCCAAGAAAUUGAUGAAUUUCAAGCGGAAAACGGAUUUUGAUUAUGAACUCGCAUACAAAACUGGCAAUAAGCCUGUCAUUCUCCGCGCACAUGUCGGCGGUGUUACUGACGCAGUCGACAAGUUCAAGAAUCGUGCUUUUGGGGAUCCCAAAGUCAAGUCUUUAAUUGAGCUGACCGAGUCGGGACUCGUUUCCGUUGGCGAAGCUACCGCCCAGUUCGAGGUGGAGCAGACGGACAAGGACACCAAGGAUGGUCCAUCUCUUAGAGAUACGGUCAUGAAUUUCUUUACGGGAAAGAAAGAUAACGGCAGUGGCGAAAAUGCAGAGAAAAAAGAAGGCGAAGAAGAGCAGAAGCCUGAAGAAGCGAAGUCGGACUCACCAGAUGCCGAAACCGAUACAGCAAACAGCACCGUGCCAGCCGUGAAGAUUACAAUUGAAACAGUAAAGCUUCCGAUUACCAUCGAGUGGGAAACCAUUAAGCCCAUAGACGAAGAGUACAAGGCAGAAGCCAAGAAAAAACUUGCCGCUCUUGACCGUGCGGACGCCGAAAAGCGUGCGCGUGAAGAAGCCAGGAAUAGUCUAGAAGCGUUCGUUUACAGUAGCAAAGAAUUCCUCUACGAUGAUGAGGUGGAACUUACCACAACCGAGGAUGAACGGCUGGCAUUCAAGGAGAAACUUGACGAGAUGUCAGAUUGGCUCUACGAAGAGGCGGACGUAGCGCCUACCGAGGAUCUUAAGUCUCGGCUCAAAGUACUAAUGGACGUCCAUGAGCCGCUUUUCUUCAAGCGGAGUGAAUAUCGCAAGCGGGGAGAGGCAGUUACUGGCUUCCAGGCAGCGAUAUCCGCAGCCAAAAGCAUCCUGAAAUCCUUUAGAAAUUUAACAGCAGACGACGAGAGCCGGUUCACCGAGAAUGAAUUGACUAGAUUCGAGAGUCUCAUAACGGCAGCUGAAGAGUGGCUGGGUACGAAACAAGCGGAACAGGCAAAGCUCGCACCCCACGAGCAUCCUAUCUUGCUUUCAAACGAUCUCUCGACCAAAGCCCAGGAGAUAACAAAGGAGAUGUCAAAGCUGUUGGCUAAACCCAAGAAGCGAAAGCCAAGUCCCAAGGCUUCAACAUCGACUUCAAGCACAACACCUACCUCGACGCCUACAGGUGCGGCCGAGGAAGACCAAAAUCCUAAGGGGUCUGAAGAGCCUGCGGAGAAGGAGACUACGCGACAGGAACAACCGGAGGGCCAAACAGAAGCAGGGGGACACGAUGAGCUGUGAAAAGGACGCAAGGAGAAUCACAUCUGUUUAUUUUCGGCUUUUAUUUAGAUAGAUGCACAUGUACCAACUCGGCUGUAAAAUAAACAUCGCAUCCGGAAAAAGUUCAAACUGUCGAAUGUUACACUGAAAAUGAUUUGGCUAUAGUUUAGAACCCAUCUUUAAGGGAAGAGAUCAC